CUUCAAUCUCACUACAGCGCGGCGGAGCCCACCGCCGCGCCAACCACAGUGUGUCGUCCUCACCUGGGUUCCGCAUCAGCAACUGCUGCUGCUGCCGAAUAACCCCCCUUUCCCCAAAAUGGCAGCGUGGCCGGCGGCGGCCAACUCCCUCCUCGUCGCCGUUCUCUCGUGCUGCGCGGCAGCACGGGCCGUCAGGACGCACGGCGGCGGCGGCUAUGUGUCCGCGGUCGGGGACCCCGGCAUGCGCCGCGACGGCCUCCGCGUGGCCUGGGAGGCAUGGAACUUCUGCAACGAGGUCGGCCAGGAGGCCCCCGGCAUGGGCAGCCCCCGCGGUGCCGACUGCUUCGAUCUCGGAAGGCUAAAUCAAAUCUUUGCAGAGACAAGCGCCGGCGAGGACGGCCAGCCGGCGUACGAGGUGGUGCACCGGGUGACGGACGCCGACAAUAGCCUCCGCGCGGGGGACCCGUUCCCGGGGGCGCCGGCGAGCGCCACCGUCACCGACGUCGACCGCUACGCGGCGGCCAAGGAGCUCUACCUCGGCGACCGGUGCCAGGUGCCCGACAGCCCGGCGCCGUGGCAGUUCUGGAUGGUUAUGCUCAAGAACGGCAACCUCGACACCACCGCUGCCAUCUGCCCGGAGAACGGCCGCCCGGCGCGCCCGUUCCCGCAGACGUCCCGGUUCCCCUGCCCCGGGGGAACCGGGUGCAUGAACCAGCCGCUGGUGUUCCACAACCGCACCGCGCUCGACGGCGACGUUCGGUGGCUGCGCGGCGGGGUGUUCGGCACGUACGAGCUCGACGCCGCGGAUCCCGGCAGCGGCGACGUGUCGUACUACUCCGUCACGUGGGAGAGGGAGGUCGGCGGCGGCGGGUGGGCGUUCCACCACAAGCUGCGGACGUCCAAGAAGUACCCGUGGCUGAUGCUGUACCUGCGCUCCGACGCCACCAGAGGAUUCUCCGGCGGCUACCACUACGACACCAGGGGAAUGACCAAGAUCGUGCCGGAGUCGCCGGACUUCAAGGUGCGCGUGACGCUGGAGGUGAAGCAGGGCGGCGGGCCCAACAGCCAGUUCUACCUGAUGGACAUGGGCAGCUGCUGGAAGAACGACGGGCGGCCCUGCGACGGCGACACCGCCACCGACGUGACGCGGUACAGCGAGAUGAUCAUCAACCCGGAGACGCCGGCGUGGUGCCGGCCGUCGAGGAUCGACCAGUGCCCGCCGUGGCACACGUUCCGGAACGGCACCCGCGUCCACCGCACUGACGCCGCCCGCUUCCCCUACGCCGCCUACCACGUCUACUGCUCCCCCGGGAACGCGCGGCGCGCCGAGCAGCCCACCACCUACUGCGACGCCUACAGCAACCCGCAGCCGCAGGAGAUCCUGCAGCUCGUGCCGCACCCGGUGUGGGGCGAGUUCGGCUACCCGACGGCGAGGGGGCAGGGCUGGGUCGGUGACCCCAGGGCAUGGGAGCUCGACGUCGGCGCCCUGUCGCUGGCGCUCUACUUCUACCAGGACUCGGGCACGCCGCCGGCCAAGAGGCGGUGGACGUCGCUCGACGUGGGCACGGAGAUAUACGUCAGCGAGAAGGCCGAGGCCGAGUGGACGCUGAGCGGGUUCGACGUCCUUGUGCCGGACCACUGUACCAGGGCACAGCAAGGAACCAGCAAUAGCUGCUGGUAGAGUAGUAGGUGAAGGGUGGUUCUCGCCGAUGGCAUUCGCUUGCAAGCAACACGAAUAUCUGAUACAAACAUUUCCUUUAAGCAAUUUUGGUUGAAAUGUGUAAGCAAACGUGCAGACAUGUAGGCGUGCGUCAAGAAGCAAAGUCUUGGAUUGGGAUGGUUGGAGAGGUUGUCAUACGCCCUAUACAUCAAGAAUCAAAUCCUAUUGAUGCGAAGAUUUCUUUUA